ACCAGCAAGUGUAAAAGAUUGAGCAGGAGAGAAACCUUAACACAAGCAGUGAAUGCUGACAUUAGCUUUCUGAGACGCUGAACGCAACGACUUCACCCCAGUCGGACCAAGAGAUGAGGUCCAGCUCUUUAGAUGCUGCUGCUGCUACGUUAAAACAGGAUCUCAGGGAGCCACCAUCCGUCCUGGACCACAGGAUACCAGAGGGCGGUCCACAGUGUGUCAGUGACCCCCCCACCUAUUGCAUCAGAGCAGCAGGAGUUCUGAGCUAUAAUCGGGAGUCUGACAACAACAGGAUAAACUUAACACCCAUUCUUCCAGCGUCCCAGGCCCUGACGGAAUACCCAGUGAAAUGUGAGUACUGUGGAGAAAAGGCCCGACCUUCCCUGGAUCUAACAUGGGCACAAGGGCCAGAGACAGUGCCUCUCUUCUGCUGUGCCCAGCGGCAGCAGCUGUGUAAGAUGCUGGUGAAGCAGAGAUGUGUGGUUGAGGGGAGAUGUGACCUGAGGACUGGUACGCCAACAUCACCGAGAGACAAGCCAGCCACAGACAUCGACGAGCUUCUCUUCAAAGGCAAGGAGAUGGCAGACCACAACAGGUUUAUCAUGGAGUUACCGGGGGGACUUGGAGAACAAUCACAACUGAGACUCUCUGAGGAUUACUCAAUCCAACUCCCUGUUGCACAACCCUCUGUCCCAAAAUCAAAGGUCCUCAGCUUUCGGCUGUCUUGUCCUCCAUUAAAAGGAUGCUGGACAGUGUGUCCUUGUAGCGCAACUGAGAAGCACUUGAAAACAAAAGAGGAAGAGGAGGUGUUGGUCCCUUUUUGUGAACACAAGCCACUUCUGUUCGGCAUAUGUCGUCAUCAGGAUGGGGCACAAAUUCUACAGAAGUAUUAUUCCAAUGGCAUGAAAUUUCUUACUGUGUUCCCCGAUGGCUCUGCUCAGGUCUUCUAUCCCUCAGGUCUCUUGGCUCUCGUGGUCGUGGUCACAGAGGAAAAUGGAAGAGUCUGCAUAGUGUAUGAUGACAGCUCCUAUCAACCAAUCAGAGCCCUGUUCCAGUCUGAUGGCAGGGCGACAUGUUAUCACAGCAAUAGAAACAUAUGGCUGAGCUUAAACAGUUCAGGCGGUCAGUGUUUGGACGAGGUGGGUGCCAGGGUUCGGCGGUGGAGCUGGAGCAGCCGGGGCGUCCCUCCCACUCCCCUGUACCCCGUCUUCCUGUCCCUCAACAAAACUGUUGGGGUUCGAGUCUUCGGGAAGGAACGCGUGUUUGUCUCCUUUCUAGCAAGAGGUCAACAGGCAAAGUUCAGUGUGGGCACCUGCGGCGCUCAGGAUGAAUCUAAAACAGUCGGGGCGACAUCAGGAGCAGCGGAGUUAAAGGAGGACCUGUUUGUGCAGGCAGCCAGGAUUAGGAUCCACCUGGUCAUUCAGCACCUCCACCAGUACCUGAUGACGCCAUCACGACCCCGGCUGCAGAAGACCAAACAAGCUCCUCACCUCCAUGCAGUCGCCCAAAGGCUUCUGGAAGUCAGUGCUGAUGUGUGAGUGAAAGAACCUUUAUCCAUAGGUGCCUUUGCUGUACCACUAAUAAAGUACACAACUACAAAUAAGUUUCUAUUUUUUCAACAAAUAUCUCAAUAGUGAAUCUGGGUUAUUUACAAGGAAUGGGCUCAAAGAUGAUCUUUAAUUCUUUUGUGCAAACUGGAUUAUGUUGCUAACAAUUAAACAGUGUAUUGAAAUAAAGUUGUAAUUUACCCCCUCA